AUGAUUCAACGGGUGGCAAUAUGGAUAGCCGUGGUUGCCUUUAUUGCUUACACGAUAGAAUUAUGCUUCUACCGAGCAGAUGUAGAAUUACAUAUAGAUGGUGAAAAUGAUGAAGCAUUUGAUGCUGUACGAGAAGCAUUCAGUGCCAACUUUCUGGAAGGAUGGGAACGUGGUGGUGCUUCCUUUGUGGUAUAUCACAACGGUAAAAAAGUCGUUGACAUAUGGGGUGGAUAUGCAGAUGCAGAAAGUGAAAGACUAUGGAAAAGGGAUACCCUCAAUGUUGCAUUUUCAUCAACGAAGGCAUUUGCUGCUCUUUGUGUUGCUAAGCUUGUAGAUCGUGGAUAUCUCAAGUAUGAUGAUCUCGUGGUAAAAUAUUGGCCAGAGUUUGGAAAACAUGGAAAAGAAAACGUCACUGUUCGAUUAGUUUUGAGAUUUUCGGCUGGUUUGGCCUACACCGAUAAGAAGAUUCACUUCCCCAUAGCAAACGAUUGGAAAGCCAUUGGUGAAGUUUUCGAAGAGCAGGUCCCGAACUGGCCUCCUGGAACUCAAAUAGGCUAUCAUGCUAUCACUUAUGGCUGGCUAGUCGAUCAAAUUAUCAGGAGAGUUGAUCCGAAGCACCGUUCUGUUGGUGUUUUCUUCAAGGAAGAGUUUGCAGACAAGUAUAAUCUCGACUUCUACAUUGGACUUCCAAAGUGUGAAUCGCAUCGAGUUUCUCGUCUGACUCUGCCAUCAGCUUACAACUUUAUGGAGGAAUAUCUUUAUAGGCCAUCUGACUUCGACGUCACCCGGUUUGUAUGGCAUAUGGCAACUGACGGGCUGCUUUCGAAAGUUGGCCACAACGUUCCUUGGAUUGCUUUCAUGAAGAGAUUGACGCUAAAUAAUCCCGACUUGUACAGUAUUGAGCAAGCUGCGGUUCUCGGAAUAGGGACUUCAGGAGCUAUGGCUGAGCUGUUCGAGCGAUUCCGGUAA